CUUGAUUUUUUUUGAUGUGGGGAAUUUGAUUGUAAAGUCUCAUUAAUUAACUACUACUGAGAUUUCUAAAGUUGAGAUCUUGAUUUUGAUCACAGAUUUCCUUCAAAUCCCUAAUUUCAUAUCUCCCAAAUUCACCACUUUUCUCAUUCAAUUUCACCCAAUCUAGAAUUUCAAUCAACAAUUCCGCUUUCGAUCGACGAUUUUCCCCCAAAAUGCCGCCACCUGAAACCUCAAUUUCUCGAAGAUUUUCACUUUUUGGGAUCGGAGAAUCGAGUAAAAGAGAAGAUCUAAAGAACUCAACUGAGAGAAAAAUGGAAGAAUUGACGCCAUUUUUGAAGCUUGAAACUGAUAAGAAUGUGUAUAGACCUGGAGAUGAGGUUUUGAUCACUAUUGAGGUACAAAACCCUAAUGAUCCGAGUAAUUCUCAUGAAAUUACUAGCAGUUCUGAGCGUUCUCUUUUGUUGGAAAAGCUUAAUUUUGAGCUUAAAGGCGUUGAGAAGCUUGAUACUCAAUGGUUUACCACUCAAAAACCUCUUCCUGGAACUAAACUUAGGAAAGGCGAGCACGUGUUCUUGGAUUGUUCUACAACAUCAUUAGUCUCAAAUCAGAUAAUUUCUUCUGGGACGACUAAAAAGUAUCUGGUUCGAACAGUUUUGCCUAGCAUCUUACCACCGUCAUACAGGGGUACAACAAUUCGUUACCUGUACUAUGUUAGAAGUGCUUUAUCUGGACAAUGGUUGAUUCUAGAAAAUGGCCACUCUGAGAAAGACUUGGCUCAAAACAUUACUGGACUGGAAGUUCGGGUCCCCUUGCAAAUCUGGGUUACUCAAAAGGCUAGCGGAAUACUGGAAGAAGGUCAAAUUGAGGGGGUUGAUCUGAUCGAAACGAGUCCAACAGAUAUAUAUUGGAAAGAGAUGGAUGGGGACUCAGAGUGGGUUAGGGCUAAUGAUUUAUAUGAUGGAGUUGAGGAAGGCUAUGAUAGUUCGAGGGACGAAAUUUUAUCUGUUUCUUCCUAUAAUCCUUCAAGAGACAGUUUUCAAAAGACAUUUGGCAGUUCACUAUCUCUGCAAGGAUCGGCCUCUAGGUCCUUCAGAGAACCAUUGCCUGCAGAAGCUGAUGAAGUUCUACAUAAUUCAAGUGGGGAUAUCUUAUCAUCCAAAAGUCCUCCUCCUGUUAUCUCACCUCAACUGCAAAGAGGAUAUUCAAAAACUUUUGUUAGAGAUGAAGAUGAAAAGGGAGCGUCUUCUCCCAUUGGAAUGACAGAAUCUAUUGCAUCAGAAGGCUAUAUUAGAGGCAGGUCGUAUAAUAUCAAGCUUGAUGAUCAAGUUCUUCUGAGAUUUUCACCUAAGAAGUCAGAUUCAAAUUAUUAUUUCAGUGAUAUGAUAGGUGGGACCCUCACUUUUUUUCAUGAAGAAGGACAGAGGAGGUGUCUUGAGGUCUCAAUCACCUUGGAGAUUUCAGAGACUAUAAAUCGACGUUUUGUACAUCCAUCUCGUAGGAAUUCCCCUAAACUUACUAAGGUUCAAAGUGAUCAUCAUGAGGUUGUCGCCGACAUGGUGCAGACUAGCUUCCUUUUUUCCAUUCCGAUGGAUGGGCCAAUGUCUUUUUCAACCCCACAUGUGUCUGUUCAAUGGGCUCUGCGUUUUGAAUUCUUUACCACUCCGAGGAAUAUUGACUGGAGUAGGUAUGGUCAUCCCCUUCUGGUUGAAGGAAGAGACAAAUGUGAGUGGUUUCUUCCAAUAAAUGUGCAUGCGCCUCCACCUGGAGCUGCAGCUGCUCACGCAAGAAGUAGAAAGAACCUCUCUCGUGAGCCUUUUUGGGUUCGUGACUGAAGUUUUUAUCAGUUGAACUACUAAAUGGGAACUUGUCAUUAUGGCUCAACAUGAGCUAAUUGUUCUGCUGAUGGUCCUUCAAAUACCUAAAGACUGCAUUGCAUGAAGAGAGAAAGAGAUAGCUCAGCCUAUACAGCAUUGUGUUGCUCUCUACAGAUUUCGAGCAGCUUGAAAUGACUAUCUUGGCAGGAGGUGAUAUCGAAAUUUCCUUUCUGUUUUGCUGGGUUGUAUUAUAUAGACGGAUGAUCUUGGUCUUACCACUAUUGAUCUCAGAAAUGAGUAAUAAUUGUUGUAACCAUCGCUGCAAUUUUCAGUUUUGAGAUUUUGAAGUUGUACGAAAUAAUGUAUAAUGAGAUUAAAAUAUAUUAGCCA